UUUAGUAUUGAAAUGAAUCUCUGGAAGGAAAGUUAAGCAACUAUUUUAUUUAACAAAAAAGCAAAAUGUCCCAUAACAUCUUGAUAUUCUAUGCUUUAGUUGCACUUUUGCUGGUUAAACAGAAUCAGGGCUCGGAAAUUUCUGUAGCUGAAUUGAAUGCCCAACAUACCCCAAGUGUCAUACGCCAAACCAAAGCCACAGAAAUGCUGAAAUAUUUCAACACUUCCAUUGAUCCUUGUGAAGAUUUCUUCGAAUUCACUUGCGGUAAUUUUGCCAAACAUCAUCCCACCAAUACAACACUUAACACUUUUGUAAUACUGGAAAAUGCCAUGUUUGACAAAAUCAAAAACGAAAUGCAUGUUGAGGAUUCUGAUGACACCGACGUGGAUAAGAAGAUUAAAAAUUUCUACAGAUCCUGCAUAAUUGCCUGGGAUUGGAUGGGGAGUUAUAAGCAUAAAUUUCAAAAUUUGAUUAAAGAAUUUGGACAAAUGCCAGUUUUGGAGGGUGAGAACUGGCGGGAGAGUGAUUUCGAUUGGAGCAGCACAGUGUCCAGAAUUAUAUAUAAGACUGGAGUACAAAUUUUCUUUGAAAUUGGCGCUAUUAGCGACUUGCAAGAUAACUCGAUUAACCGUGUGGCUUUUGCCCAACCGCCAUUUGACUUGAAGGACAUCUCUUUGUAUAUGGAUGAGUCCUUAUCCAUAGCAAAACAAAUUCGUCGACAGACAAUCGCAAGAGAUUUGCGCCAAUAUUUAGGUGUUCGAAGGGGGUUGAAUGCCAAAACUGCCCAUGAAAUUUUAGAUUUCGAAACCUCAUUGUCCCGCGGUAUGAUUGAUUAUAAACUGAAUGUCAAUCUAAGCGAAAUCUUUAGGCUGGUACCCAUUGAAACUGUUCAGGAGAAAUAUUUACCUGUCUGGGAUACCAAAAAAUUGGUAACUGCAGCCUUGGGCUUCACACCCGACUUCUUGCUUAUUCAACCCGGCUAUCUGGACAACACUUUCGAAGUGAUGAAAACUGCCUCCCUCAAAACAGUGGCCAAUUUUUUAUUCUACCAAUACCUAACCAACUUCAUGAAUGACAUUUACGACCAGCAGCAGGAAAUAAAUUGCAUUAAAAAUACCAGGAAUGUCUUCUUUCAGCCUUUGGUAAAUCUCAUCUAUCGCAAGUAUUUCAAGGAGGAUAUAAUAGAGGGUUUGGAUUUUUUGUGGCACGAAUUGAAAACUGCCUUUGAGAAUACAUUGAAAUCCGACAGACUAACAUGGAUGAGUGCAGAAACGCGACAAUAUGCUAGUCAAAAGCUGAAGGCCAUAAAUUUGGAAUUAGUCACCUAUGAGCAUAACAAUUUUGCCCAAGAACUUGAGAGUGUGGACAUCAACCACUAUGAUUAUAUCUACAAUAUGAAGUCAAUAUUAAAGCGUCAAGGUGAAUUGGCCCGGGCAAAAUUCAACAAGCCGCCGCCGCCCAUAAUGCCCGACGGGUUUUCACCCAUCAAUGUGAUUACAGAAAAUGUCGUCAAAGUUCCCAUUGGUAUACUGCAACCCUACUACACUUGGUCCAGUUCCUACCCUUAUGCCUAUAAUUUUGGAACUCUGGGCUUCGUUGUGGCUCAUGAAAUUCUUCAUGGCUUUGAUAAUUCAGGACGGACGUGUGACACUAAUGGCAACCUUCUAAAUUGGUGGGAUGCGGAAUCUGAAAUUAAAUUCCACCAACAUGCCAGAUGCUUUGUUGACCAAUACAAGUCUUAUAGCUAUGGGGGUCGGCUGUUGCCCGAGUUGGCCAAUCAAGAUGAGAAUAUUGCCGAUAAUGGGGGAUUGCAUUUGGCCUAUGAGGCCUAUCUAAGUUGGUAUGAAAAGCAUCAGGAUGCUGAGGAAUCUUUUCCUGGUUUGGAAUACAACAAUCGUCAGUUGUUCUUUAUUAGCUUUGGUCAAUUGAUGUGUGCCACAUCACGUUCGGACUUAAUGGCAGAACUAGCGGCUAGUGAUGUUCAUGUUCCAGAGAAAUUUCGUGUUAUCGGCCCUUUAUCAAAUUUUGGCGAGUUUGCCAAGGAGUUUGAGUGUGCGGUGGGUAGUGUUAUGAAUCCCGAAAGUAAAUGUGUAAUCUAUUAA